GUCUAGACGGCGAUCAUUAACGCAAAAAGAUAUAAAUACAGCUAUGUAUUUUAUCACUUUUUCCCUUUCUCUUCUUAUUUUAUAUUCUCAAGCAACAAUUAUAAGCAACUAUGUUUCAAUUUUGGUCUGAUUGGAAACGAAAAGGCAACAAUCAUAAAGAGGAAGUCCAUGAUCGCCGUAUGAUGCGUUCCUGCAGCAUGUCUUCUGACAACUUUUCAAUUGACUGGCACAAUGACUGGAAUCAGAAACGCACUUUGUCUUUCAAAGACGAUUAUGUCUCAUUUCCUAGCCUUGAUCCUCCUAAUAAUGAAGUCUCUACCAAUUAGAACCCUUUAUAGCUACUUGUAAAUAUCAACAACAACAAUGACGACAAUGAACAACCUCCAUUCGUUUUCUUCUUUUCUCUAUGGUUAAUAUGUAUAUGUGUGAUUGUUAUUAUUUUUUUUUCUAUGUUUGUAUAUGGUUUUCUCUCUCUUUCUUUCUCUCUCUGUGUUUUUAUGUAUAAUAAAGAUAUAUAUUCCUGUUUUCAUUUAUGCUA